CGGGGAUUGAUCCACACUUUUUCCCCGCCGGAACCUGAUGGACGCGCGCGCGCGGCGGCCGGAAGCAGAGACGAUCUUUGGCCGGAAGCGCCGGCUGUGUCCGUGUGGAUGAGGCUCCGGGCGGAGGAAGGGGCUUUGCUUGCUGGCACCCACUGACACGACCUCGGUGUUAACAUGAAGUUUGCCGUCAGGAAGCUAUGCUUGCUGAACAGGGCUGUCCGCAGGCUGACGGCACCUCGCGCUCAUCUCCGCCGGCUGCACUGGACCUCCAAACCUCAGCCCUACUCCACCUUCAACAGACUCCCUGCGAGACCGUCCCCUUUACAAAUCGCCAACUACCCUCAUCGGACUUUCAUCCUGGCCAGGUUAGCCACGCGACUGCUGAAGAUCCGCUACCUGGUGCUGGGAUCCGCCGUGGGAGGCGGCUACACGGCCAAGAAGACAUAUGAUGAAUGGAAGGAAAUGCUACCAGAUCUAACCGCGUACAAGUGGAUCAUUCCAGACUUUGUCUGGAAACUCGACGAAAACAUUGACUUUGAAAAGUUUAGGAAAAUCUUUCAUGGAGUGGAAUUUGCCAAACUGUUGCCAGAUUUUGAUAAGGUUGGAGAAAGCCUGGAUCAUCUGAAAAGUCUCCUAACACCAGGUGAAAGUUUAUACAAUGAAGUCAAAGGAGUCUCUGAUCUGCUUCUAUUGUUAGAUUCGACAGAAAGCUCGGCUGCCAUGAAAGCCUCUGACACCCAGGCCUUUGACAUUAAUGGGAAGCAGCAUAAGAAGAGUGUGCUUGGGGAACUGGUUCUAAUCCAGCAACAAAUUCAGGAGCAUGAAGAAACAGCGCGCAGGGUCGCCGAUCAGUUAAACUCUGGCUCCUCCCAACACAAGCCAAAGGUAUCGGACAAAGACAAAGCUGAACAUCUGCAAGAGGAGCUUUUGCGUACACAGCUGAAAUACCAACGUAUCCUCGAACGUCUAGAGAAAGAAAACAAAGAGCUACGGAAACAAGUUCUUCAGAGAGAUGAUAAAGGCAUUCAUAAGCGGAAAAUGAAGAAGUCUUUGAUCGAUUUGUAUUCUGAAGUAUUGGACAUUCUAUCGGACUAUGAUUCCAACUACAACACCCAGGAUCAUCUGCCGCGGGUAGUUGUAGUUGGAGACCAGAGUGCUGGCAAGACCAGUGUGCUGGAAAUGAUUGCACAAGCCAGGAUAUUUCCUCGUGGCUCCGGUGAAAUGAUGACCCGUACACCUGUCAAGGUAACACUGAGUGAAGGCCCUCACCACGUGGCUAUAUUUAAAGACAGCUCGCGGGAGUUUGACCUGACCAAGGAGGAUGAUCUGGCAGCAUUGCGCAAUGAAAUAGAAAUCAGAAUGAGGAGCAGCGUGAAGGAAGGGCAAACCGUGAGUCCUGAGACCAUCUCACUCAGUGUGAAGGGGCCGGGACUACAGAGAAUGGUGCUCGUAGAUCUCCCUGGUGUUAUCAGUACGGUGACUUCAGGAAUGGCUCCUGGCACCAAGGAUAUCAUUUUUAGCAUAAGCAAGGCUUACAUGCAGAACCCUAACGCCAUCAUCCUUUGUAUCCAAGAUGGGUCUGUGGAUGCUGAGCGCAGCAUUGUGACUGACCUGGUCAGCCAGAUGGAUCCACAGGGCCGCCGCACCAUCUUUGUAUUGACCAAAGUGGACCUGGCGGAGAAGAACCUCGCCAGUCCCAGUCGAAUUCAACAGAUUGUGGAAGGCAAGCUGUUCCCAAUGAAAGCUUUGGGUUACUUUGCAGUUGUUACCGGCAGAGGCAACACCAAUGAAGGCAUUGAUGCCAUCAAGGACUAUGAAGGAGAAUUCUUUCAGAAUUCAAAAUUGUUGAAGACAGGGAUGCUGAAAGCACACCAAGUGACAACCAAGAACCUAAGCCUCGCUGUGUCGGAUUGUUUCUGGAAAAUGGUGCGAGAGUCUGUGGAACAGCAAGCUGAUGCAUUCAAAGCUACUCGAUUCAACCUUGAGACCGAAUGGAAGAACAACUACCCUCAACUGAGGGAAUUAGAUAGGAAUGAGCUGUAUGAAAAAGCCAAAAAUGAGAUUCUGGAUGAGGUGAUCAGUUUAAGCCAGGUUACUCCGAAACACUGGGAGGAGAUUCUGAAGCGGAAGCUGUGGGAGCGAGUGUCUACCCACGUAAUGGAGAACAUCUACCUUCCAGCGGCUCAGUCGGUGAACUCGGGCACGUUCAACACCACCGUGGACAUCAAGCUCAAGCAGUGGACUGACAAACAGCUGCCGCACAAAGCCGUGGAGGUGGCGUGGGAAACGCUGGAGGAUGAGUUUGCCCGCUUUAUGUCCGAGCCAAAAGGGAAGGACCACGAUAAUAUAUUUGACAAACUGAAACAAGCCGUCAAAGAUGAGAGUAUCAAACGUCACAAGUGGAACGAGCAAGCUGAAGACAGUCUGCGGGUCAUCCAGCACAACGCUCUGGAAGAUCGUUCUAUCUCUGACAAGCAGCAGUGGGAUGCAGCAAUCAAUUUCCUGGAGGAAACUCUGCAGUCCCGCCUUCGAGACACUGACUCUGCAAUUCAUGACAUGGUGGGACCAGACUGGCAAGAAAGAUGGUUCUACUGGAAAUCGCGGUCCUCAGAGCAGCAUGUUCACAAUGAAACCAAAGCAGAACUGGAGCGACUGAUCAAGAUCAAUGAGGAGCAUACCGCUUAUCUUGCCAAUGACGAGGUUACAACAGUGCGUAAAAACCUGGAGGCUAAAAGUGUAACUGUAGACACUAUUCUGAUUAAAGAUACUUGGCAUCAAAUUUACCGAAAGCACUUCUUGAAGAAGUCACUGAACCACUGUAAUCUCUGCAGAAGAGGCUUCCACUAUUAUCAAAGGCACUUCAUAGAUUCUGAGCUGGAUUGUAAUAAUGUUAUACUGUUCUGGCGUAUUCAACGGAUGCUGAUGAUCACAGCAAACACACUCCGACAGCAGCUAACUAAUACAGAAGUGAGACGCCUGGAAAAGAACGUGAAGGAGGUACUGGAGGACUUUGCAGAAGACAGAGGGAAGAAGGCGCAGCUACUGACAGGAAGGAGGGUACAACUAGCAGAGGACCUCAAGAGAGUUCGUGAGAUUCAGGAGAAGUUGGAAGUCUUCAUUGAAGCUCUUCUUCAAGAAAAGUAGCAAGAUUUCUAAUCCACUGGUCUGGAGCUUUGACUGUGACGGUGCUCAAGUCGGCCGGUAACCUUUGGGUGAAGCACUGCAGGGAGUUAAACCUUGUCGCAAAAGCACCUCAGAAGACGUCACUUCAUAAAUUGUGUACAUUGAAAUGAAAACCAUUUAAAUUCCCCAUGCAUUCUAAUCUUCGAGCUGAGAAUCAUUUUGCGAGCAGUGUUUCCCUUUUAUAAUCUUGACAACGUUGGCACAAAAGCUUCAGCUAAUCACCAUUUCCCAGUGUAAUAUUCAGCCUGCUGAAACAAUGAAACCUUGACAGUCUCAAUGGUGCAGAGCAAGACUGUGCGUGGCAGAAUGAAUGAGAGCCGAUGAACUGUUUUGUCCGAUGUGUAAAGUUUUCAGUGGAGUUAUUCCCAUAUACAGAAAUAAAGAUCAGCUGUCUGAACCAACUUUUGUCGAGAAUUAAAUAACCAGCCCGUCGCGAGCAGGUAUGUUCAGUAAUUCACAUGCAAAUAAAUAUCGCCUUUCUCAAUCUUGAAUCCACAAUUAAAGCAUAAAUUAUAAACCAGUUGUAUUUGGUAUGUUUCUUUAGGGUCUGUCGAUGUGGUACCAGGGUCUCCAGUAUUUGUGCAUAUGCAUAUAUAUAUCAAUGAAAACAAUCAUCGCUUGUAAUUAUUUUCCUUUGAAUCGUCUAGAGGCCAUGCAUGAUGUAAUUAUCGCGAUGUCAUGUAUUUAUUGAAUGCCGUUGUAUUUAAAUAAAGCAGAGUACAGUUUUGGAGAUGAAA